AUGAGCACACCUUGUCCUGAUGAAAUAGAAUCAAAUCUUGAACGUCUUCUAUUUGUUUGGAGAGAAAAGCUGAAAACGGAAACCCUUCUUCAAAUUGAAAAUUUGCGCAAGCAUACAAAAAAAGGAUGUCUCUCGGAAAUACCUGUUGGAUGUGGGACUGAAAUAAAUGAGCGACUUCACAGACAUCUUAACCGAUCAUUACUGUGCGGAGUAUGCAAAAUUGGACCUCAGUUGGCGGUAGCGGUAAUGGCGUGUGCUUUGUAUGCAUGGAAUUGCAAACGAAGAUUAAAAACAACCCUCAAUAAGAGAACAAUUCCGAUCACGCCAAUUGAAUUAGAGCCUUUGCUUUAG